UCCCCCGAACCACAGGCGAAGGGGAAGAGCUCCCGCUCCUCCUUCCCCCGCCUCAUCUAGACGCUGCCGCGCGCCUCCACCCCCCACCAGCACUAGGGGUCACGUGACUCUGGCGGAUGUAGGGCUCUCUCCCUCUUCAGAGCCCGCCCCCCAAGCGCGGCGCGGGGUUUUCGCGCGCUUUCGGGACCGUUUGCCGCGCGCCCGUCCCUUUGAGCGGGGAGCCCGGCGCCCGGCAGGAUGCGGAGCCGCGAGGAGGUGGAGGCCACGCUGCACAUCGCGAAGCUGAAGCCGGCGGAGCUGCUGCCGCCCGUGCACUGCCUCAGCUUCAGCCCCCGCGCCAGCGCCGGAGAGUGCUGCCUGCUGCAGCUGGAGCCGGGCCUUUGCGCCGAGCUGCAGGCGGGGCGCAGCCUAGUGAUUCGUGGUGACAAAGAUGAACAAGCUGUGCUGUGCAGUAAAGAUAAAACUUAUGAUAUGAAAAUAGCAGAUACUUCAAAUAUGUUGCUGUUUAUCCCUGGCUGUAAAACUCCAGAACAGCUGCUUGCAGAUCAAGCAUCAUGUAAUGUCAUUCACACCCAGAUUGCUGGUUUCUCCAAUAAUUACUGGGAAUUAAGGAAAUGUCGACCUAAACUAAAGAAACUAAAGAAACUUCUAAUGGAAAAUCCUUACGAAGGGCCAGACAGUGAGAGAGAGAAAGCUCUGACUGACUCAAAGUAUACAAUGGAAGACUUGCUAGAUCGGAUUCAAGCGAGUGAGGAGGAAAUACUGCAUCAAUUGCAGGUUAUAAAUGCCUGUAAAAUUGAAGGAUAUUGGAGGGUUCUAGAAUUUGAUUAUGAGAUGAAGCUUCUGAAUCAUGUGACUCAGUUAAUAGAUUCUGAAUCUUGGUCUUUUAGCAAGGUUCCUUUAAGUAUCUGUCUUCAAGAACUUGGAUCCCUGGAACCCAAAGAAAUGAUACAACAUAUUCUUUUAAGUUAUGGAAUGAAAUAUACUGAUGAAGAUGAAGUUUAUUUUGAAAUGAAUGCAGAUAAAAUAUGCUCAGCUACAGCACAAAUGCUCUUGCAAAAUGCAGUUAAAUUCAAUCUCUCAGAGUUUCAAGAAGUAUGGCAACAAAGUGUCCCCGAAGGGCUGACAACAAGGCUGGAUCAGCUCAAGGGUUUGGCUCUGUUGGAUAGAAACUCAAGACCAGAGACUAUCUUUUUGUUAAAAGUAGAAGACUUACCUGAGGAUAACCAGGAAAGGUUCAACAGGCUAUUUACCGUUCGGGAAAAGUGGACAGAAGCAGACAUUACCCCAUAUAUUCAAGACUUAUGUGCAGAGAAGCAAACAGUAGGUGCACUUCUGACCAAAUAUGCUCGUUCUUCCAUGCAGAAUGGCGUCAAAGUUUAUAACUCUAGAAGACCCAUCUCAUAACAAGAAAUGACCUUAUUUAAGAAUCAAGAAUACAUCAAGGAAUAACAACUGAUGGUGUUCAUACCAGAAUUAUUUAAUUAUGUAGCAAUAUCAACUAAUUUGAAAUGUCACGGUUGUGAAAGACCUGUCAGCUUAAAAAAAAAAAAGUGUAGUACUGUAUGCCAAAGACGGUGGAAUUCUUGAUUUAUUUUAGAUCUUUGUGGAAAUAAUUGCUCUACCAAAAUCUAAAAACACACAUUACUGGAAUCUAGUUUCCACCACUUAACCAGAAAGACCUAUAAAUUUGUUUGUAUUGAACUGAAAUUUGUAGUUUGUCUUAAAAUUCUAGAAGCAAAGUAAACUCAGUAUUUUUACUUUCCCUUUGUGCAAAAAUAUUUGCACAUACUCUUUUUAAAUAGAUAAGUCUGCUGAUAGGUUAGUAAAGUCCAAUAGAAAAUUAUUACAGAGAAAACUUUUCUUCUACACAGUCAUUUUCCCCCCAUUUAUCUUGUAAAAGAAGUCUACUUCCAGUGACAGCACUGAAUAUAGUAUUUCAAAAGCACUGAAUAUAGUAUUUCAAAAGAAAAGUGGAAUACUUGGUUUGUUUGCUAUAAAAACUGAACUGUCAGAGCAUCCUAGUUACCAACAAGCAAUAUUAGUGUUUUGAGCUAUGUGUGUAAAAUGAGAAGUUUGGCCUUAUCAGUACUCAUUUCCACUGUGGACUACAGGUCAGGCCUUUGGAAAAGUGGUCCUUCUGGUUCAUGUCUUUGAAUGUGGAUAACAUGAAACAGAAUUAUGAGGCACUUAAAUUGUCAAGAACCCAGAACAUUAAUACUAUUGGCAAAAAUUGCCUUAAGUUACAUAAUACUAACAGGUCUGCAAAAUCCAGGCUAAGAGGAUGCCUCAAAUUACUCCGACAUGGUAUAGACUCAGCAACAUUUUCUGUAACCUGCUCUUCACCACUGGAAUAUUGUCAAUAUAAAGUUAAUAUACCAGAAGGCUUAUUUUUAAAAGUGGUAAAUUAAACUGUUUGUAGUAUUGUAGUUCAUACCUAAAAUAUAUAUAAACCCUAGAAAAAAAUUUCUGCAACACUGUAAAUAUUUUUGAAAUGUAGAGCUGUGAAGCAUUUACUCUUUGUAAUAUUGCCAAGUUAAAUGUUGAAGGCUUUUUAAAACUGGAUUUCCAUUUGUUCUUAGUAACCCUGUGCAAUCCAGUUUGCUAUUUGACAGCUUUGCAAAUCUGUGUUAAAGGGAAAUAUUAUUGUAAUAUUUUAGGUAGCUUGUUAUUUAAGAUCUGAAUGCACCUAAGGCAUUUGUAUAUAUGUGUGGAAGACCACAUGAUGGUUAAUGUGCCAAUGAGUGGGAAAGGAGGGGAAGAAAGAGGAACAAAUGUGCUAUAAAAUAACCUGGUCUAACCUUAAAAUAGGGUAUACUUAGCCUUAGAAUUCUAAUGUAAGAGCUGAAUAAACUCCAGCACCACCUCCUCUCUGCUGUCAGAUA